AUGAAACAAAUGAAAAACUUAUUGAAUAAUCAAAUCAGAAAAUAACUGUCGCUCAUCUUCCAAAAUAAGCGUUUAAAGAUUCAAUUUAGCAUAAUCUAAAAAAAACAAAUAAGGAAAUUAAAAAAAUGUAAUUUUUUUGAUUUAAUACUAUUCUUAGGAACUUUAUAAUUUUAACAACAUAUCCCUGUCUAAGUUAUUUUUUUGGUAAGUGAUUUUGCCACAAAAAUGAUAAUGGUAUUCAUCAACUUAAUUUAUGAAAGAGUAAUUAAAUUGAAUUCAACUUAAAUUUAGAUGUUAAAUGUAACAAUAUCAACAAAAAUGGGAACUAUCUAAUUAAUAUUAAUGAUCAAAUACUAUUGUAUAUUUUAAGUUUCUUAUGCUUUUAAGCUUUGAUGAAUUUUAGUGUCAUAUUUUAAAGAGUUUCUGAGAUUUUGAAACAAUAAAUAAAUAAUAUUAUUACGAUAGAUUAAUUUAAGACAUGUUCCAAAUUAACAAGUUUAAUAAUUGUUAAAAGAUAGAAAUAGAAGACUUAAUCCUAAAGGUAGUUUAACCUUAAAAUCAACCUCUCUUAGUUCUUUAAAUCAAUGUUCUUUUGUAAUCACUUAAAUUAACUUAGAUAUUAAACUGGUGAGAUUAUGGGAAUAAUAGGAAAUGUUGGAGCAGGUAAGCCUACACUUUUAGCUGCCAUUCUUUAAGAAUUGCCAUAUUUUAAAGGAAAUAUUGUUUAUUAAAAAAAGUUAAUAUUUGGUUAUGUUGAAUAGGAUCUAUUCAUAUAUACAGGUACAAUAAAAGAGAAUAUAUUAUUUGGAAAGGAUUACGACUAAGUACUUUACCUUAAAGUAUUGGAAGUGAGUUGUUUAGAUUAAGAUAUAUUAUCAUUUAGAUAAGGGGAUAAAACAGAGAUUGGUGAAAAAGGAACUAACUUAUCAGGAGGAUAAAAAGCAAGAUUAAGUUUAGCAAGAGCAUUAUAUUCAUAAGCUGAUUUAUAUCUUUUUGAUGAUCCCCCUUCAGCAGUUGAUUUAAAAGUGGCUGGUAAAAUAUUUGAUUCUGCAAUCUAAGAUUUUAUAUUAAAUUUUAACCUAAUUAUAGACCAACUUUAAUUAAAACUCAUCAAGCAUUUAUACAAUAAAUACCAGCCCUCAUUUUGGUUACACAUCAUAUUUCAUAUGCAUUAGAAUGUGAUUAUGUAGUUAUUCUUGAUGGUGGUGGUAUUAUUACACAUUAAGGCUAGAAGAAUAAUAUGAAAAAACAAAUCUUGAAAAUUACUAGUUCUAAUACAAGUAAUACAAAUACUGACAAUCCAGUUAGAUCAUUAAAAAUUAAAAGACCAAGCAAAUUGAUUGACAAAGUUACUACUUAAAUUUAAAAAUUUAACAAAGUUUCAACCUAAACUUUAUAUGUAACUGAAGAGUCAAAUUAAUCUGAUGCUACUAUUUAAAUUUAUAAAAGAUAUUUUAUAAAUUGGAAACCUUUCAUAUUAAUAUUUGUCCUAUUGUGCUAAAAUGUAGCUUGUGAAAUUAUUUAUAAUUAUUAUGACAAAGAAAUGGCUUCUUUUAAUCAAAAUACAUUAAUAAAUAAUGAUUUAAUAUUUUAUAAUUCAGCUAUUCUAGUACUUUUCAAUUGCUGCAAUAUUCACAAUUACAAGCUCAAUUCUAAUUUUUAGAAUUACAGGAUAAAUAGUCUCUCAAAUAAAACUUGUGAUUUAAUACGAUGA